UCAUUCGAAUCAAAUCUUAAACGUUUUGAAACUCUCGUAACAAGCAAUAAUAAACAAAAGCAAAAAAGCCGUACAUAUAUGCAACGUGAAACUUUACAUUCUUCAAAUAAACAAUGUGAUAAUCUGAAUAAUCAAUCAAUUGAGUAUAUCAGAUUACAUGGAAUGCUUUUUACCAAAGAUAGUCUUGAAUUUUUUGAUGAUCGGAUUUUAGAAAUAUUUAUAGAUAAAUUAUUCAGAUUGAAAGAUAUUCAGAGUUAUAAGUGGCUGGAAUUUUGCAUGCGAAUGGUGGUCAUUAAUAUAUCAAGCUUAUACAACUAUGGUAAUACCGAAAAUUCGUCUCUCAGGCUAACCACAUCAACUAAUAUGGAUUUUAAUCAAAUUCUAGAUUUAGAUCCAACAUUUGCUGAAGAAUCUAGGCUCACUUUUACUGUAAUGUAUCAAUUCAUGUUUAAAUAUCUUGACUCUAUAUCGCUUCAGGGUGAAGUCGAUAUUUCUGAGGGCUUGCUUUUAUAUUGUGAGAUCGUGUUACUUUGGAUGGUAGCAAAUGAUGUUUUUAAUAACUUUGCAGAAAAAUCCAAUAAUUGUAUUUGGAGAAAAUUUUUGGACAAAUCUAUUUGUCCUGAAAUUAUAGAAUUUUCAUCAAACAUUGAAGAUUCAAAUUAUAUAGAUCGUCUUCGUCCUCCUCCAUUGGGAAUUACGUGUCGUCGUAGAGCAAGGAUUAUGGAAUUGGGUUAUCUGUUAACUAAGUCUCGAAAACAAGAAUUAGAGAAUCUUUUAGCUGCAACUCGUGAGGUGACACCACCUUCGUCUUCUAGAAUUGCUACAGGAUAUACUAAAAUUGUGACAGAUACCAAUUGCCUUAUCGAGGAUCUUAAUAUGGUCAAAAAAAAAUCAUCCAAAGUGAUAAUUGUACUUUUGGUUG